UAAACAAAGUUUUAUUUAAAGAAUCAUUCUUAAACGUUUCUACAGUAAAUUAAGAGUUGAAUAGCGUCUUAGAAAUAAAAAUUAAUCAUCAUCAAUUAAUCACCAAUGGAAGAAGGCUUCAAAGUUCCAAUAUUUCCAGCAAGACCUCCAAAACAAGAAGAGAAAUCAGCAGAAGAUGUCGAAGUAACAAAACCAGAAAUUCCUUACAAAAUCCCAAAAUGGAAUGGACCAUGUCCUGACCAAUCUUACAGUUUUGAAGUUCUUAAAAAUGGAGUGAUCGUAGAGGAAGUGAAAAAUCUUCAAGAAAAAUCAUUCUGGAUGAUCGGUCGAUUGCCUUCAGGAAGUAGCGGCGUUGACAUCAGCGCAGCUCACCCAACAAUUUCCAGAUAUCAUGCAGUACUUCAAUAUAAAGACACACACUCUGAAGAUGAAACAAAUAAUGAGAAAAAGGUGGAAUCUGGAUGGUUUAUCAUUGAUUUAGAUUCAACUCAUGGAACUUUUUUAAAUAAGAUGAGAAUAAAACCACGAAUUUACGUUCGUGUAAGAGUAGGACAUCAGUUAAAAUUUGGAAACUCUACACGAAAUUAUAUUCUUCAAGGCCCACCGGAAGAUGAAGAAAGCGAAUCAGCAUUUACAAUAACAGAAUUAAAAGAACAGAAAGUUCAACGAGAAGCUGAAUUACGACAAAAAGAAAAUGAUGAAAAGCUGAAGCAACAACAGAUGGAAAAAGAAAAAGAGGAAGCUGGAGUAAGUUGGGGAUUUACUGAUGACGCUGAAGAAGAACCAGAUUUAAACGAAAAUCCUUAUGCGAAAACAAAUAAUGAAGAAUUAUUCCUUGAUGAUCCCAAAAAGACUUUAAGAGGUUUCUUCGAACGUGAAGGUUACGAUUUAGAAUAUCGUUGCGAUGAACUGUCUCCAGGAGUGUUUAUAUGCCGCGUUGAGUUACCAAUCGAUGACGAAUAUGGAAAAUCGAUUGUCUGCGAAGUUCAACAUAAAGGAAAGAAGAAGGAAUGCGUUGUCCAAUGUGCAUUGGAGUCAUGUCGGAUUCUAGAUCGUCAUGGAGUGCUUCGGAAAGCCAAUCAUGAACCGAGAAGAUCAAGAAAAGUGCAAAACGAUGAUGAUGACUCUGACGAUGACAUUUUCUUUGAUCGUACUGGCGAUGUCGAGAAGAAACGAUUGAAGAAACUUGGUUCAACAUCGACUGAAGCUUUAUCGUAUGAUCAACUCAUGGAACAAGAUCAACAAAUUCUCGACACGAUCAACACAAAAGAGCACAAACUUCAAUUAAUGGUUCAAUUAGAAAAGAGACAAAAAUUGGCAAACGAUGACGAUUUAGAUCAGUUUAUGAAUAAUUUAUCAAAUCUUGAUCAGAAAGUUGACAAAUUUGCAAUAAGUUUGAUUAAAACAGAAAUUCAACAAUUGAAAGUUGAAAGUGAAAAGAUCAAAAAACUCAUUAACAUUGCCAAACCUUCAAUCUCAUUACCACCAAUUGCUUCAACAAAAAGCAAACUUCCACUUUUUGGAAAGCGAAAUAUUCUGAGUCGAAACUUUGGAGUGAAGAAAUCUGAAAUUUCGCCGUUGUCAGUGGUUUGUCAGAAGGAAGAAGUCAAAACAUUUACAGUCGAAGAAGAAGAAGUUGAGGAAGGUUCAAAUAAAAGAAAUGAAAGUGUCGAUAAAUCUUCAUCACCAACAGAAAAUGUGACGAAAGAUUUAGUCGAAGUGUCCACAAAAGUCGUCACAAGUUCUGAUCGAGAUAAAGAUGAGCCAGAAGAUGAACCAGAAGUGAAGAAAUUGAAACUUGAAUCGACUUCGACGUCUGUCAAAGAUAAUUUUAAAUCAACACCUGAAGAACAUUCACCGAAGAAGCGAAAAAACCGAAUUCGAAUCAGAAAUCGACUUCGUGAGAACAUCGACAUGGACGACAAUGACGAAUACAUCGAUGAAGAAAAGAUUUCAACUUGGGUUGCACCUGAAAAUCAAUCUGGCGAUGGUACAACUCAUCUAAACCAAAAGUAUGGAUACUAAUUGAAUUUUAUUAUGAAAUAAAGUAAAUUUAUAAAUUAUAAACGUGUUUGAGGAUUGUUAAGAAGUUUCUGUAAUUAAAUUUUCGUCCAUUGCUAUGAGUGGCAAUUGAGAAUGUUUUGUAUAAGACGUCAAGUUCUUUUUGUGU